AAUGCUUUCGGAAAAUCUUUAUAAGCAAAUCUUUAAGAAGGAAAAAAGUAAAAAAAAUAUUAAUAUUGAAGCAAUCAAUAAACAUUUAAAAGCACAUGAUUUGCAUAAUAAAAGUACUGAUGUACUUGAAGAUGUAGAUUUGGUAUUACCCAACCUUCGAGGAGAAAAUCUUGAUGAACACUUUAGAAAUAUAGCUUUAGAUAUAUCUAAACCAUAUUUCGACAUUGCCGAGAGACUGCUCACUUGCGAUAUUCCCAACAAACCAAAACAUUGGGAAUAUAGGGCUGGCUGGACAAAGUAUACAUCUACUGGAUGGGAAAGUGUGGAAUUUCCAGACGAAGAAGGAUUAAUAGUCGACGUAGAAGUUGCAGUCGUUCAUGGAAAUACUCCAGUAAUAGCUACAGCAGUUUCCCCAACGGCAUGGUAUUCUUGGUGUAGUAAAUAUCUCGUUGAUAAAGAUUGUGUUGAAACUAAACUUUCAUUGAACCAUUUAAUUCCUAUGGAAUCAUCUCCUUCCGAUUUAGAUCCAUUCAAGAACUUUAAACCUCGUCUAUUUAUUGGUCAUAAUUGCAGUUACGACCGAUCAUUUAUGAGGGAACAGUAUUUUCUCCAACCGUCCAAAUCCCGGUUUUUGGAUACUAUGUCUCUCCAUAUUGCAAUUUCUGGCUUAACUAGUCUACAAAGAACACUAUUUAUCGCUAAGAAGAGUGAUAGCAAAAGGAAAGAGGUUUUAGAGUAUGAACAAAGUAUGCAUCAGAGAAGAUCUUUGCCGAAUUUUCAAUGGAUUAAAGAAUCAUCUUUAAAUAACUUAAGCGAUGUUUAUCGUCUACACUGCGGGGGUGACGCUUUGAAAAAAUCAGACAGAGAUAUAUUCGUUAAAGGAAGUCUGCAGGAAAUAAGAGAUCAAUUCCAGGAACUUACUUCUUACUGUUGUGAAGAUGUUUUGGCAACAGCAAAAGUAUAUAGAGCUCUUUGGCCUCAAUUUAAAAACAGAUUUCCUCAUCCUGUGACAUUUGCUGGUAUGCUUGAAAUGGGAUCGGCAUAUUUACCUAUUAACGAAAACUGGCAUAAAUACAUACUUAAUUCUGAGAAGGCUUAUAAUUCGUUAAAUGGUAAAGUACUAGAAAUCCUGAUGGAUGAAGCAGAUAAUGCUCUUAAACUAACCCAGGAAAAAUAUACAAAUGAUCCUUGGCUACACGAUUUAAAUUGGACUGUAAAGGUUGUAGAUGAGAAAAAAGUUAAUCUUAAAUACAAAGAAAUGAUUAAGGAAAUGUCAUCUCGAGAUCGUGCUGAAAAAACUAGAAUUGCAAUGAAAUAUUCUCCCUUAUUACCCAAGAGAUGUGUUCAUAUGGUUGGAUAUCCUGAAUGGUAUAGAGAACUUUGUCCGAAACAUUAUGAAGUCUCUAUUCAAAAACCUUGGGGUCCUUCUAACAUAAGUACACUUAGGAGAAUAACACCAAAGCUACUUAGACUGACUUGGGAUGGAUUCCCUCUGCAUUAUAGUUCAUCUCACGGAUGGGGAUACCUAGUGCCAAAGGAAGAGUUUUUACUUGGCGAGUCAUUAGAAGGAGAGAUUUUAGAGGACGAAUGUCACUUUCCAUCUAUAUCAGCGCUUGAAAUUUGCAAAGAAACGAUGAAAUUUUCUCCCGAUUCGAAAUUAAACUAUGAAGAGAAAAUGAUUGAUAUUUUAUCUAAAAUAGAGAAUGCAGAAGAUCCGAAAGAAAAGAAUAAACUUUGGCAAGAAUUAAAAAAACACGACAUGAAAGAAAAGAAUAAACGCCGCAAACAGAGAGGAUCGAAUAGAAUGCCCUUUUAUCAUCAAGGAAACGGACCCCAUACGGACGUAGAAAUACCAGGGUUUUAUUUCUUUAAGCUACCACAUAAAGAUGGUCCGGAUGCCAAUUGUGGUAACCCUCUUUCGAAGGAUUAUAUACCGAAAUUCGAAGAAGGAAUUUUACGUUCUUAUAGCGGUGGAAAAGCCGAUAGAAUUAUGCUAUUUAGUCAAAUGUGCUCAUAUUGGAAAAUGAAUAGAGAACGAAUAAUUAAAGACAGCUUUAUAAACAAUGAAUACAUUGGGGCCAUAAUUCCAAGAGUUGUUACUGCUGGCACUGUUACAAGACGGGCAGUCGAAUCAACUUGGUUAACGGCUAGUAACGCCUACCAAGAUCGAGUAGGAAGUGAAUUAAAGGCAAUGAUUCAAUGUCCAGGCGGUUAUCAUUUCGUUGGUGCUGACGUCGACUCUCAAGAAUUAUGGAUUGCUAGUUUAUUAGGUGACGCUCAUUUCCAAGGUAUUCACGGUUGUACAGCCUUGGCCUGGAUGACGUUGCAAGGUAAAAAAUCUGACGGAACUGAUAUGCAUAGUAAAACCGCCCAACUAGUAGGAAUAUCAAGAGACCAGGCCAAAGUUUUUAACUAUGGACGUAUUUACGGUGCAGGCAAAACCUUUGCAGAAAGACUAUUAAGACAAUUUAACCAUAGGCUUACAAAAGAAGAAGCUAGUAAGAAAGCAUCAGUAAUGUACGCGGCAACAAAGGGUAAAAAGUUGAAAAUCAAAGACCUUGAUGAAGAUGGUAAUAUGCGUACUGUCGUUGAGAAAUGGGAAGGAGGAAGCGAAUCGGAAAUGUUUAACAAGCUUGAAUUGAUUGCUUGUUCAAGUAAGCCGAUAACGCCUGUGUUAUCUUGCGCUAUUACGAAAUCUUUAGAACCAGCUAAUGUUGUUUCAGAUUUUAUGACGUCACGAAUAAAUUGGGUUGUACAGAGUUCUGCAGUUGAUUAUCUACAUUUGAUGUUAGUUUCAAUGAAGUGGUUAUUCGAAAAAUAUGAUAUCAAAGGAAGAUUCUCUAUAAGUAUACACGACGAAGUUCGUUAUUUAGUAGAAUCUGAGAGCCGUUAUAGAGCAGCUUUAGCUUUACAAAUUACAAACUUGUUAGUUCGUUGUAUGUUUGCCGAGAAAGUGGGAAUGAACGAUCUGCCGCAGUCAAUAGCGUUUUUUAGUAGCGUUGAUAUUGAUAAAUGUUUGAGAAAGGAAGUUCAUUACGAUUGUGAAACACCAUCGAAUCCUUAUGGGUUGAAAAAGGGUUAUAACAUAGACGAAGGAGAAACUUUAACGAUUUACGAACUCUUAUCGAAGACCGAAUCCCUUAAUAAUCAUACUUAA